AUUGAAUAUUGUCGUCACCCCAUAUGUCUAAAUAGAUACAAAUUAAAUCAGAUGUUGUUUCAUUUGUCUGAUUUAGCAUACCAUAUCACCAAUCUUCUCCUUACAUAUUAUAUACAUUUUCAGUUCAACUCCACAUACCAAGCCAUCACUAGUCCAGCCAGCUCAUCUCUAUCUAUAUAUAUACAUCACCAUCUCUCAUGUAAAAGAUCAGAUAGCACAUUACAAGAAACAAGGAGGCUAUAAAACAGUACCCCCUCCCCCCACCCCACCACCCCCCAAGAAAGAAGAAUCAAUGAAGCCAUGUUCAUCUUUCACUCCAUUAGCCCUCUUACUUCCCUUCUUGAUCAUGCUCAAGGCCAUAGAAGGCCAGAACAUGAUCAACUCCACUUGCAAAACUUCCGUGAUCAAUGAUCCGAACAUCAACUAUGACUUCUGCACAACAUCCCUGCAAGCCGCCCCGGCAAGCAGGUGCGCUACCCUCCAAGGCCUCGGCACGAUUUCCAUCCGGCUGACACGUGACAACGUAACCGAUACACGGUGUUUCAUCAAACAGCUGAUGAAAAACCAGACAUGGGAUCUGUAUACGAGGCAGUGUUUGAGUGAUUGCUUCGAGCUUUUCUCUGAUGCUGUCUCUUCUGUAGAGGAGGCCAUGAGAUAUUAUAGUGCGAAGAGGUUCGAUGAUGCCAAUGUGCAGAUAAGUUCGGUCAUGGAUGCUGCCACGACGUGUGAAGAUGGGUUUGAGGAGAAGGGAGGUGCCUUUUCGCCUUUGACUAAGAGAAACAACGACACGUUUCAGCUUUCAGCUGUGGUGCUUUCUGUUAUGCAUAUGGUUCAGGCAGGAUCAGGGUGAUUAGUGUAAUCAUCCGGGUUUAUGCAUGUUCUGUUGCUGCAAGGUUUUAGGUGUCAUAUAUUCUUUCUUUGUGGUCUGUAAAUGGAAUUGAAUGACUUGUUUUGACAUUCUUGAUUUAAUUAGUUGGUUAAGUAUAUGCAUAUGGAUCAGUCUUGGUUGAUUUGAAA